UUUUUGUAAACAUUGCUCCGAACACAACCUGUCUUAAAUCUUCUACUUUAAAUUGAAAUAUUAGUUAAACGUAGAAUUAGAAAUGUUUUCGUUAAUCCUGUGUAGUUUUUUAGUGUUAUUUUUAUUUUACAAAUAUCUAACGUGUAAUUACGAUUAUUGGAAGAAGCGAAAUGUUAAUUUUGAACCUCCUAAGUUAUUUCUGGGAAAUAUUCCUUUUGGGCAGAAAAAAAAUUUGACCCAAUACAUAUACGAAUUAUAUCAGAAAUUUCCAAAUUCUCCUUACGUUGGCUUCUAUAUGAUGCGAACUCCUUGUUUACUUCUAACAAAACCGGAGGUUAUCGAACAAACCUUAGUUAAAGAUAUCGAUUUUUUCUGGCAAAAUAGUUUUGUGUUAGAUCCUGAGCUAGACGAAAUCGCCGCGAGAGGAGCAUUCUUCCAAGUGGGCCAAAAAUGGAAAAAAGCUCGAAACUUAUUCACCCCUUUAUUUUCAAACGCAAAAAUAAAACACGUCACACCCUGUUUAGUGAAAGCUUCAAAAAGAAUGAUCGAAUACAUCGAAACCAAAAAAACUUUAGAAGUAAGAGAUCUAAUGACGAGAUUUGUCGCAGAUUCAAACGCCUUAUCAGCUUUUGGAGUUGAAGCGGAAUCUUUCGAUCGAGAUGACGCUAUGUAUCGAAAAUUAGGAAAUCAAAUUAUGGAACCAGGUCGAUUGAUGGCCUUAAAAUUUUUUAUUAUGGUUAUGACACCGUUUUUGGCAAAAUUGUUACGAUUAAGAUUCAUAACUGAAGAUGUCGUUGAUUUUGUAAAACAAACGAUUAAAACAGCUUUAAAACACCGCAACGAAAAUAAUUUAAAAAACAACGACUUUUUAGAUGCAAUAAUGGCGUUAAAAAGUGAAACUUUCGAUGAAAUCGACGUUAUUUCAUGGUGUUUCGGGUUUUUCACCGAUCCAAACACGGGAAAUCAAAGUGGUUACAUCCUGUACGCUUUAGCAAGAAACCCGGAGGUUCAAAAGAAACUUAAAUCAGAAAUCGACACCGUUCUAGAAAGAUAUAACGGUGAAAUCACCUUCGAAGCUAUUCAAGAAAUGAGUUAUUUAGAUUGCGUCGUUUCUGAAACAAUGAGACUUUAUCCAUCACUCCAAGGAACUUCAAAAAAAUGUACUGGAUAUUACGAAUUUCCUUUAGAGGAUGGUCAAACUGAAGUUGUCUGCCUUAAACCUGGAAUGUCUGUAUUCGUUUCGAUUGAAGCGAUACAAAAAGAUGAAAGAUAUUUUGAAAAAGCUUUGGAGUUUAUUCCUGAAAGGUUUUCUGAACAGAAUAGAGGGAAAAUUCGAAAAGGGACUUAUAUGCCGUUUGGAUUGGGGAAAAGGAUGUGUGCUGGGAUGAAAUUCGCUGUUGCUUUGAUGAAGAUUGCAACGGUUGCUACAAUUAAAGAGUUCGAGGUUAGCGUUAAUGAAAAAACUGUUGAACCUUUUGAAAUGAUUCCCGUUGCUGUUAUGGCAGUGCCAAAAUCAGGAAUAUGGAUUAAUUUUAAAAAAAGACAAUAAAUUUUUUUUGUUGCUAA